AUGAUUAUUCGCGCAGCAAGCGACAGUGACAGUGACGACGGUCUACUGCGUACCGACCAAGCGGUCGCUUCCUCUCGUCGCUCCGUGUUUGACCCCCCAGACGUCGAUUCAACGUCCUUGAAAGGCAGUACUACGCGGUAUACGUGGUUCGCAGCGUGUGGCGCGUUAAUUCUGCUGCUUCUUGUGGACGUGGCAGCCGUCUUUAAUCCUUCGCCCGAUGUCUUCGCACUGCUUCCUAUGCUCGUGUCUUCCAUAUUGUACAAUGAGGCCAUCAUGUUGCCUCCCACCGCGUCAUUCCUCAACCAAUUCAUGGGACUGGGGCUUGUUGCUGUAUGGAUUUACUCAAGAGAAAAGAGUGUAGCCUCUGGAGACACGUCGCCAUGGUUUUGUAACGCUCGCUAUGGAAUGUGGACAGUAGGGGCACUUCUUUUGCUUGGACACGUAGUAUCUUGUUUCUAUCUGUUAUUCGCGCUACUGGAAAGCAACGGAGAUCGUGCUAAACUCUGGCUCGGACGGAAAAAUUGCAAACGAUACAGAACGGGGCCUUAUGGGCGAGCGUAG